AUGAAGUUCACCGCCUCCUUUGGCGUCGCUGCCCUGUUCAUGGCCCCGUCUGCUGCGGCCUGGAAGCUGCCUCACGCCAACAAGGCCUCGGCUCCUACCCCUACCGGUUCUCCUUCUAGUGGCUUCCCAUCCGGAACUCCAACUGGGACACCAUCUGGUACUCCCACUGGAUGGCCCACUGGAUGGCCCACCGGGUGGCCCACUGAAUGGCCUACUGCUUGGCCUACUGGAUUCUCCUUUGGCCGCCGAGCACCUGGUCACGGACCUGGUCUUAAGGGACCCGGCCACGGAGGACACGGUCAUGGAUUCCAGCUUUUCAGCCUCUCCACCAGCGCUCCUAGCGGCACUCCUUCCUGCACUCCUACGGGCACUCCUACCGGCGUGCCUUCUGGGUUCCCUUCGUCUACCGGUGUCCCCUGUGGAGGUAGCCCUUCCUCCAGUGGUUCCUUCGCCAUUCUCCCUAUCCCGGCCGCGACUGCUGCUGGUGGUGAGCAGGGAGACUUCGCUCGUCGUCACGCCCGUCAGAUGUUGUUUUAG